GCUCAAAAGUCGAGGAAGCUAGCAAUGCUAGCUACUAGCCAGCAAGCGGCCUGCUUCCCUCGCGGGCUAACGAGCCUGAUUGGGAGACUUCCGCGUGGACGGUCGCUUCGUUUCCCGGAACCAAACGAGCGGGCGGAGUGCUGGUCCAGAGUGACCGUUUCGCUGUUGGCGCAAGCAAAGGAGCUGCGAAUGAGUGGCGAGGCCAACAAAGAAUUUGAAGAGCAGCUGCGCCUUCAGGAGCAGUACAGCAGGAGAGGCCAAGAGGCUUCGGAUCCGUUCACGUACACGGACCCCCGCGACGGCACCGUGUACGACUGGGACCACGACAAGAAGGCCUGGUUCCCCAAGAUCACGGAGGACUUCAUGGCGGCCUACCAGGCCAACUACGGCUUCGCUCAGGAAGGCGACGCGGACGCCGGCGCCGCGGCGAAGCCGCUCGCCGCGGAAGCCGAGAAGCGGCCGGCGGUCGGGGAGAAGACGCCGCAGGAGCCGGGAUCGGAUCUGAGCUCGGAGCAGCCAACGAGCGCGGCCGCGGACGGCAAGCGCAAAGGGGAGAAGAGGAAAGCGGAUCCGGGCUGGUUUGACAUGGAGGACACCAAGAACACCAACGUCUACGUGUCCGGCCUGCCCCCCGACACGAGCCCCGAAGAGUUUGUGGCGCUGAUGUCCAAGUGCGGCAUCGUCAUGAGAGACCCCAUCACUGAAGACUUCAAGGUCAAACUGUACAAGGACCAAGACGGCAACCUGAAAGGAGACGGCCUCUGCUGCUACCUCAAGAGGGAGUCAGUGGAGUUGGCUGUUCGCCUUAUGGACGAGUCGGAGGUCAGAGGCUACAAAGUGCACGUGGAGGCGGCUCGCUUCGAACUCAAAGGGCAAUAUGACGCCAGCAAGAAGAAGAAGAAGAACAAGGACUACCGCAAGAAGAUGAAGCAGCAGCAAAAACAGUUGGACUGGAGACCCGAAAAGCAGGGAGACGCCAGGAAGCGACACGAGAAGGUCGUCGUCAUCAGGAACAUGUUUCAUCCCAGCGACUUUGAGGAGGACCCUCUGGUUUUGAACGAAUACCGCGACGACCUGCGCUCGGAGUGCGAGAAGUUCGGCGAGGUCAAGAAGGUCAUCCUGUUCGACAGGCAUCCGGACGGCGUGGCUUCGGUGGCCUUCAAGGAGCAGGAGCACGCCGACGCCUGCAUCCUGUCCUUUCACGGACGCUGGUUCGGAGGUCGCCAGCUCAGCGCGCAGCUGUGGGACGGCGCCACCGACUAUCAGGUCGAGGAGACGAGCCGCGAACGUGAAGAGCGCCUGAAAGGUUGGUCGUCCUUCCUGGAAGGGCCGCAGCCGGCGGGGGGGGCCGCCCCUCCAUCGCCGAGCGCCGCGCCGCCGACGUCCGAGCUGCCGCGACCGGACAAAACGCCGGAGGACGACAACGAGGACGCCAAGUCGACCGACAGCAGCCUUGCGGCGAGCGACGACGACGCUUGACUGACGAGACGCCAUUUUGUUUGGAGCGUUGAACUGAGUAACUUCGAGUCCUGUUAGAACGACGUCAAACUCAUUUUCAUGGCCGUUACCGAUGACGGGUGACUCGGAAAAUCACCUCAUCAUGAAUACGCAAGUCCGACCCGAUAAUCUGAUUGUGGAGUUUUUUCUUUUCUUCUCUGAAAGCAAUCCGCUUCCACAACGGCUCGGCCAAGAAAAUGUCCAGU